CAUUGCGCUGUCAGUGAGAGGCUGGUGUGACCGUGUGACAGCUGAACCCGUUCAUCUUUAUUUAAACUCGGCUGUGCGCUUAGCAGAAACGCCACCAUGUUCGAGGAGGCCAGUGAAGUGUUUGAUAACAUGUUUAAGUCUUCGUUCCCUCUCACCUUUAUUGUGUUUCUGCCUGCGGUGCUCAUUCUGGUGUCCCCGCUGCCGGCCGAGGCGGCUCAUGAGUUCACGGUGUACCGCAUGCAGCAGUACGACCUGCAGGGACAACCCUACGGUACCCGGAAUGCCAUCUUGAACACUGAAGCUCGUACUGUGGAGGCAGAGGUAUUAAGUCGUCGCUGUGUCAUCAUGCGACUGGCAGACUUCUCUUAUGACAAGUACCAGAAAGCUCUGCGCCAGUCUGCGGGGGCUGUGGUCAUUAUCUUGCCAAAGAACAUGUCUGCUGUUCCCCAGGACAUAGUACAGCACUUCAUGGAGCUGGAGCCAGACAUGUUGGCAACUGAGACCAUUGUCCCGGUUUAUUUUGCCCUGGAGGAUGACGAGCUGCUGUCCAUCUACACCCAAACCCUGACGUCGUCCUCCUCCCAGGGCUCCUUAUCAGCAGCUGAAGUAUUGCUGCACACGGCUACAGCCAACGGCUUCCAGAUGGUCACCAGUGGAACUCAAAGCAAAGCAGUCAGUGACUGGGCAAUAACCAGUCUUGAGGGUCGCCUGGCUGGAGUUGGAGGAGAGGAUCUGCCCACUAUCGUCGUAGUGGCUCACUAUGACUCCUUUGGAGUGGCUCCAUGGCUGUCGUAUGGAGCAGACUCGAAUGCGAGUGGUUUGUCCAUGUUACUGGAGCUGGCUCGUCUUUUCUCCACAUUGUACACCUACAAGAGGACACACGCAGGGUACAACCUGUUGUUCUUUGUGUCUGGAGGAGGGAAAUUCAACUACCAGGGCACCAAACGUUGGCUGGAGGACAAUCUGGACCAUACAGACUCCAGUCUGCUGCAGGACAAUGUUGCAUUCGUGUUGUGUCUGGACACACUGGGGAACGGAGAUUCACUGCACCUCCAUGUCUCCAAGCCUCCCAAAGAAGGAACACCUCAGUUCUCUUUGCUCAAGGAGCUGGAGAUGGUGAUUACGAGUCAGUACCCUGAGAUGAAGUUCUCCAUGGUGCAUAAGAAAAUCAACCUGGCUGAUGACAUGUUGGCCUGGGAGCACGAACGCUUCGGGAUCCGCCGGCUACCAGCCUUCACUUUGUCCCAUCUGCCCUCCCAUCGCUUGGCGCAGCGCUCCAGCAUCAUGGACGUGCGGUCAGUGUCCCCCUCCUCUCACCAAGGAGUGGGAGAGCCCCCUACUGGGCCUCAUGUUGAUGUGAACAAGCUCAGCAGGAACACCAAAGUGGUAGCAGAGGCAUUGGCCCGGGUCAUCUACAACCUCACUGAGAAGGCGACCCCUGGAGACCUGCAGAUCUUCACUGAACAAAUGCAGGUACAGGAGGAGCAGUUAGCGGCAGUAGUGGACUGGCUCACAGCGCAGCCUCGAGCUGCCCAGCUGGUGGACAAAGACAGCAGCGUGGUGUCCACUCUGGAGUAUCACCUCGGACAUUACCUCAAAGAUGUCAAGAGACACUAUGUCAAAGCUGACAAAAGGGAUCCAGAGUUUGUAUUUUAUGACCAGCUGAAGCAGACCAUGAAUGCAUACAGAGUGAAGCCUGCUAUUUUUGACCUGCUGCUGGCUAUCUGCAUUGCAACCUACUUGGGGAUUAUGUAUCUGGCCAUCCAGAAUUUUGGAUUUCUCUACAGUGUUGUCUGUCGCAUCACCCAGCCCAAGACAAAGACCCACUAAGGAACACAACACAUUCUUUUUCCCGUCUCCACCUCCUUCCUCAAAUGAACAAACUCUGGCCAAAAAAAAAUUCAGGUGGUUGGCUGAGCUGCUCUAAUCAGGACUGUUUUUAAACCAGCAGGAUCCUGAACCAAUAAAUGUGAUAUCAGAUCCCAUCUUGCUGCCAACAUCAGGAAUUGUGUUGUCGGUCUCUCUCUGUCCCCCAUGAACACGUCUCUUCAUGUCCCACCUUGUUUUGGUGGGUGCUGUUGCAUGAUCGGCCUUUGAAGUCUUUGUGCCAUCAGUUACUCUCCAUUCCUUUCCGCAGCACACGGUACAUUUGCAGUAAUUAUUCGCGGGCAGCUACAUGGAGAAAUUUUCCUUUUGUUAAAUGUGUUUUUCCAACUUUUUUUUUAAAUUCCCAAUUCAACAUGUUCCUGUAGUGUGUGUGUGGAUUAGACAAACAGUCUUAAUGAUGAAAUGUGAAAUAUGUGACAUUUGGAAUUCCAUUUGAUUUAGUAAGAAAUUGAUCAGGAAACAUUGAGUUGAAUGGAACUUAUAUAUUCUGAAUAUGGUUUAAGAAAUUUAAGUAGAUUUAAUUUCACCACUGAAAGCCUCUCAUUUUUGGGGACACCUGUGUUGUCUGUUACUGUACAACCUGAUGCAUUGUUUUUAAUGCUUAUUCUUUUAAGUUGGGAGUUGAUGGAACAUGAUUUGAAAUCAAAUGUUCCAGUGCAGUGAACACAAAUCCAAUCGUGUGCGAGUAGGCCAACACGUGUGAUAGAUAAUCAGCUGCUUUGAUGGGCAGAACUCUGGUGGAAACACCUGAACUGUGUUAAGCUGAAUGUGACCUUUUGAUAUAGGUCAGUAAAAAUGUGAUUGAACCUCUCUUUUCUUUUAAUCUUUUCCUUGAACAGGUAAAUAUUUAUAUUGGGCAGCUUCCACAGUGAAUCUUUGAGUUUGCUGCGUGACAAUGAGUGAAAGGUGCUUUUUGUCUGUUCGGUGUGUUGGUGCAUGACACCUUCAGGACUAUUUACCAAUAAUAUGAAUUUUAAUUUAUUUAAGUAGCUCACAUUUGUGCACUGAAAUGAACUCUCCUCUGAUUUGAACCUUGUCUUGCCUCAGCCACAACAGUUGAUCUUUGCAGUGAAAAUGGUAUCGGUUAUAAUUAAAACCAAAACAUGACACGGA